CUUCAUCUCUGAAAAUUCCCACUCCACUCGGUCUCUUGGAACGCCCCCCACCCCCUUGGCUGCCGCUUGACUGCAGCUCCGUACAACAGAUCGAGAAGGUCGCUACGGCGUCUACAAUACCGCCAAAAUGAGUGACGCUCAGGCUAACGAAGCUGAGAAAAAUAUCGAGAUAUGGAAGGUCAAGAAGCUCAUCAAGCGCCUUGAGGCUGCUCGUGGCAACGGCACGAGCAUGAUCUCCCUCAUUAUCCCACCCAAGGAUCAGGUCUCGCGAGCCGCCAAGAUGUUGGCUGAAGAAUACGGUACCGCAUCGAACAUCAAGUCUCGUGUCAACCGACAGUCCGUCCUGUCAGCCAUCACAUCCACCCAGCAACGUCUCAAGCUGUACAACAAAGUUCCGCCCAACGGUCUCGUUGUCUACUGUGGCGAAAUCUUGACCUCCGAGGGCAAGGAGCGCAAGGUCAACAUCGACUUCGAGCCCUUCAAGCCCAUCAAUACCUCGCUCUACCUCUGUGACAACAAGUUCCACACCGAGGCUCUCGCCGAGCUGCUGGAGUCCGACCAGAAGUUCGGCUUCAUCGUCAUGGAUGGUAACGGUGCGCUGUUUGGUACCCUCAGCGGCAAUACCAGAGAUAUCGUUCACAAGUUCUCCGUCGAUCUGCCCAAGAAGCACGGACGUGGUGGUCAGUCCGCCCUCCGUUUCGCUCGUCUCCGUGAGGAGAAGCGCCACAACUACGUCCGCAAGGUUGCCGAGCUGGCUGUCCAGAACUUCAUCACCAAUGACAAGGUCAACGUUGCCGGUAUCAUCCUUGCUGGUUCUGCCGACUUCAAGAACGACCUGAACGCCUCUGACAUGUUCGACAAUCGUCUGGCCUCCAAGGUCAUCAAGGUUGUGGACGUAUCGUACGGUGGAGAAAACGGCUUCAACCAAGCCAUCGAGUUGUCUUCUGAGACGCUUGGUAACGUCAAGUUCAUCCAGGAGAAGAAGCUGAUCGGAAAGUACUUUGAGGAGAUCAGCCAGGAUACUGGGCGGGUCUGCUACGGCAUCGACGAUACCCUCAAGGCGCUGGAGCUCGGCGCCGUAGAGACCCUGAUUGUCUUUGAGAACCUCGAGAUCACCCGCUGGACUCUGAAAGACAGCAGCGGCGGCGAGCACGUUAUUCACACGACCAAGCAGGAGGAGACAUCGGGCAACCGCGACAAGUUCAUGGACAAGUCUCCCACCUCGUCCGGCCUGGAGAUGGAGCUGGUCAACCAGGAGUCCUUCCUGGAGUGGAUCGCUGAGCACUACAAGGACUUUGGCACGAAUCUGGAAUUUGUGUCGGACCGAUCGACCGAGGGCAACCAGUUCGUCAAGGGCUUCGGCGGCAUUGGAGGUAUCCUCCGCUACAAGGUCAACUUUGAGCAGCUGCAAGAUUUUGAUGACGACGAUGAUGACUACUACGACGAUUGACAGUUUGAUUCCCUCGUAAAGAACGAGGGCUCUGAAACUCAAGCAAUCCCGUCCGAGCCGAGGACACCUGUUGAUGUCCCGACGCCACAGCCAAAGUCGCCGUCCCGCAAGCAAUCGCAUGCGCAGCGGCGAUUGACGAAAGGCUUCACCGACAUACCCGGAACGGCGUCGGCGUCUCACCAGGUGUUCCGUGAAUCGCCGCUCCGCUCUGUGAUGACCGCUUGAGUUGAGAGAAACAUGGUGACAUUGCCCGUGAUGUCGUCUGUACCAGGGAGCAGGGGAGGCGAGCUCCUGGUCCAUCAACGGGCGGACAAGCAGGGCAAAGAGGGAGUAGAGGGAGAGAGAAGAGAGAAUGAGAACCGAGACCUUCCUGAAGAGUGGAUGAUCAGUCUGGAAUGAGGCGUUGAAGCUGCUACCUGACAUCAUUCGUUGGACAAGAUCUGCAAGCCCAAUACGAUGGGUCUGCCCAGAUUCAAAAAGAAGAUGAGAGCUUCCUUGUUUUUGGUUUUUGGGCAAAGUGUGAUAUGACUUUUAGUCGCUCGUUGAGAUAGUUGUAAAAAGAAAAUCCAACUGUAUACGCUCUUUAC